AACAAUGGCGUCUGUUUUGUUUACUAUUGUUUGAUUUUUAGCUUAAACUUGUUUUGAAUUUUAUUUACGUAAAAUGUCGCAUAACUACGAGAGUAACAUUGCAAAUGUGAUACAUUUAUGCCGGACUUGCCUUACCACCGGAGCCAACGUACGUCUAAUGACGUAUGAAGAAAUAAAUACGUAUAAACUCAUAAUGAAUGAGUUAAACAACAGUUGGGAAGAUUUGUACACUUGUAUCAAUUGUAGUUUUUUACUCUCAAAGAUAUCAAAAUUCAUUAAGCAAUGUCGAGAAGCCAAUAUUCUGUUCAACAAAUGUUUGAAUCAGGACUUAAAACCAAAAUUAAUGAACCCCAAAUCAAGAUUUAAUCUAAUCUCAGAAGCACCCGUACAUCACUACAUAGGUCCAAAUUGGGAUGCGAGUGAUGAUGAUUUUAACAAUGAUGAUGUGCCGUUGUCGAAUUUUGUCAACGGUGAUGUAAAAGUGGAGAAGGUUAGGAAGAAGAAGAGGAAGAAAUUAAAAAAUGAGGACCCCAAAUUAGGAACUGAUGAAGAAAUGCCUAUGAAGGCCGAACAAGAUUUAAGUGAAUCUAGUCAGGGGCCUGAUGCUUACGAUAUCAUCAUGGAGGGUCCAACGCCAGAACCUACAAAAUCAAGAAGACAGAAGGUAGUAAAAGAGGGUUUUACUUCUAGAAUGGUGCAGGAAACAGAUGAGUAUGUGGUCAUCAAGCUGACUAAAGAACAGGUAUUACAAGAAAUGAAGGAGAGAUCUAAAAGCAUAGAGUACCAGAGGACCUUGUUCAAAUGCGAGAAAUGCGUCAAAGGAUUCAAUUUCGAAGAUGUCUUAAAAUCGCACAUGCAGAAACAUUCGCAGGAAAAUGGUACAUAUUUAUGUGAAAUAUGUACACAAUACUGCCCGAGCGUCGUUUCACUGCGUGGCCAUAUGAAAUCACAUACUACCAGAUAUUCGUGCAAAGUGUGCAGGCUGCAGCGCGGAUCGAGGCAACACUUGCUGGAGCAUCACUCGCUCGCGCACACCGCACUUGCUGCGCACUAUCGCUGUCGACGCUGCACUUACACUACCCAUAAGCGCACCGUGAUGCAGCGUCACGCGAGGUCUCACGGACCCCGGGAGAGGCUCGCCUGCCCGCGCUGCGGGAAGCUGUUCCUCAACGUGGAAACGCUGCGUGUCCACACCACACGUCACGACAAAUCGAAGCGGUUACAAUGUGAACAGUGCAACAGGAUGUUCAUUUAUCCAUCGAUGCUGCACAAGCAUAUACAGGCUGUUCACGUAAGGAAGGAUUACUAUUGCGUGGAGUGUGACAUCAAAUUUAAAUCAAGGGAUAACUUAAGACUACAUUUCAAGAAAGCAAAAAGACACCGAGAUGCAGUCUCUCAUCAGUAA